UUUCUUUUUCUUCUCUUUGUGUUUUAUAACUACCCCCUCCCCUCUGGUACCAACCCUGAUUAAAACUUUGCAAUUCUCCCUAGAAUGAGAGAGUAAAGUCAAUUCAUAAUGCGGAUACUGUCAUAGCGAAUGUAUUCAGUAUUCACUCAACAGUGGGAUUGAAUUUCAUUUUGAUAUUGCUCAAUUGAUUUUUUGUGUUUAUCUUCUCAAGAGUUGAGGAGGAAAUUAGGGUGUAGAAUUUCCCGAUCAUAAUAAUGCAACCAAUUAAAAUAUAGGGGAGAGUGGUGUGAAUAAGGACCCUUUUUCAUAGUUCCAAACAUAUUUUUAUAGAAACAUGACAAGAUAUGUAAUACUAGGCCUGCAGUAGACCUACAAUAUAAAGUGGCGACGCUACUUCCAAAAUUUUGAUUUUGACGUGCUGCUAUAUAGGCUUAUUCUGGCUAUAUAUGAUGUGCUAUAGUGGCUAUGAGACUUUAAGUUGUGUGCUAAAGAACUGUCUCAAAUACCACACAAACAUCAAUCUCUAUGACACUGGUAAACUUGAGUAGCGAGCUAAAAACUAACUGGGGGCCUCAAUUACCAUACUACUACCAAUAGAAACCAUGUACCUUCUUCAUGAUAUAUGUACAGUGCGUUUCAGAAAAGAGGUAAUCCAAAUCUAGAGGGCUGAUAUUCGGAUUAUAUUUCAUUUUGUGAGAUUAUUCUGCAUGGAUAUGCAUGAGAAACUCAUCAGCUUUCCUUUGAUUGUCUAUUUGGACCAUUUUGUGUCAUACAGUCAUGACCAAAGUUUUGGGUGAAAUGUGUUCUGAUAGAAUAAAAUGUUUUUCAAAGCAAGUUUUAGAAUGAAGAGUGAAUGCAUUCCCCUGAAAUGAUGAUUAAAAGGGUAAUGUAUUAUCCAACCACACCUUCAACAUGUUCCCCUCUCCUUAUUUGCACACAAAGCCGGUAUAUAGAGCGCGUGGAAGGUUGUAUUGGACACCUCGUCUCGCCGUUGCCGGAUCAUUGCGCAAAGCAUCCACCUCUUGUCGAAUUCGGCCCUGCAAAUCAUCAAGAUCUUGGGGAGGAGUUGCAAACACCUUGUUUUUCAGUGUCUCCAAUGGAAAUAGUCACAAGGCGUGAGGUCAGGCGAUCUUGGUGGCCAUUCUACGUCAUUGAUUGGUUGAGGGCAACGACUCAAUGUCAGUUCUCAGAGUCUAUCUCAAUGUUGGAACGAAGGGCGGGAAAGCCAUCCUGAAUCCACCAAAGAUAGGCCUAUGCCCGUACACUCAUCGAAUAAACGAUCCUGUCUCUCAAAAUGUUGGUCCAACUGUGGUAAUCUCUCCGUUUACCAUCUGCAAGAACAUUUGCUUAUUAACACUUCUUUGAAGGAAAGGGUCCAAUCAAACAAUAAUUUUUGACAGCUCAGACGUCGAAAAAAACUAAGGAAAAAGAUGUAUGCACUUGUUGUCUUUAACAUCAAUAAUUCGGUCACGCAUGGCCCAAAUUGUACAAAUAGGGUAUGCAUGGCAAGCUGAUAAGUUUUUAUUUAAUAUCCAUGCAGAUAUCAUGAAUUUGAAUAGGAUUGGAAUAUAAGUCCUCUAGAUUUGGAUUACCUUUUUUUUCUGAAACGCACUGUAUAGAGAGUGUUUCGGCAUCACCACACUCGCUAGUCUUAAUAACGAUAGAUACAGCUACUACCAUGAUUACUAUGUAUGCAAAAUGUACCCAUACAUGCCAUACGCAUGAUUGACGUCUCUUUGAUUAUAGCUAUAACUGGUGACUUAAUUAUACCGACUUGAUGUAUACUGUAUUGUCAUUUAUUAUUGUGUAGUUUUCCUCUGUAUUUGCCGUAUCGAAAUUUAGACUACGAUGGCUGAUAUUUUGAGUGACAAAUUUUUGUUGAAAUUGGCGAGAAAAAUCGAUCCUACGAAUGAUACUCCGCAGGACUUUAGCACGUACUUAGGUUUCACUCAAGCCGAAGGUUCAUGUGCAGCAAUCGGAGGAAACAUCGUCCAAAAUCAAAGAAAAGCAUACCAGACGAUCCUCACCAGGUAUACGAUGGUGCAUGGUCGCAAGAAAGACAGUGCCGUGAAACUCAUCAAGAUGCUUCUAGAAAAUGAAAUGAAGGACUGUGCUGAUCUUGUCAGAGAAGAAUUAGAGAAGUUUGGGAUCACAGUUCCUUCAAAUGAAGAACUGACUGUAGAUCAUCCAGUGUCACUUCCCACCCCUCCACGUGACAUCCCAGGCGAGGAAUUAGAAGACACUGGUGCAAAAACAAAGAUAGAAUGCGAAAAAAUGGAGACGGACUGAACGGAAAUGGAAGGUCUCUUUUGUGUGCGUGGGGGUUUAACUUAAUUCUAUUCGAUUUUUAUCUUAUCAUAUUUGAAAAUAUGAAUUUAUUAAUCUAAAUUUA